GGAGCUGUGCUGCUGCUGCUGCACUGUGACUGAGUCCUCAUUAGGGCGCUCUGUGGGGAGCUCCAUCAGCUGCAACAGCUCCAGCAGCAGGUCUGGGUAUCCCCCAUCUGUAGUAGUAGUAGAGACUAGGGUGGCAGCCCAGGGAGAGAAGUGCAUCCUGUGACAUGGAGGAAUUCUUGCAACGCACCAAGACCAAGCUGGAGAGAGGUAAACAAUUGGAAAAAGUCCACACUGUCAUUGGAAACAAGUGCUGUGAUUUGGAUUCGAUUAUUUCCACGCUCACGUAUGCCUAUUAUUUAGACAAGAUCACUUCUCCUAACAUUCUAUGCCUACCAGUUCUAAAUAUAUCAAGAGUGGAGUUCAACUUCUACAGUGAGACAAGAUUUAUAUUGGGGGAACUGGACAUUCCAGAAUCAUUCCUUAUCUUCAGAGAUGAAAUCAAUCUGCAGUCCUUGAAUGAUGAAGGCCGAUUGUCAAUAACACUUGUUAAUUUCAGCACAAUGGCAAGUGAUGACGAAAGUUUGGAAGCAUCCGUUGUCAAAGUUAUUAACCCAGGGACAAGGCUAGAUGGUGUUCAGAUGGUGCAUGACUCAUCCUCCUCCUUGGUUGCCCAAGAGAUCCUGGAAGAGGGGCCGGAGCUUGUUACUCGACAGCUAGCUCAUCUGCUCAGAGGAAGCAUUCUGUUUAGCUGGUUGUCGGCAGAACAUGAGAGGAUCCCUGCACAACAAGAGGAUAUUGUUUAUAUACUGGAAGAGAAGUUUCCGGAGCUCCCACCUCGGCAAGACAUUAUCAGCUGCUUGCAAGAAACCAAGCUGCAUACUCAUGGUACCAGUAUAGACGAGAUCUUACUCAAGGAUAUUAAAGAGCUUUCUGAUGGCGAUAUUAAAGUAGCUAUAUGUACUAUUUACAUGACCUUGGAGGAUUUAAUGAGCUACAGAAACAUUAUUGGAGAUCUCAAACUCUUUCUUAAUAAAUACGGGUUUGACAUCCUUCUGAUGUUGGCCAGCUAUGAUUCUGAGGCACAGACAACAAUUCAUCAAAUAGCUGUCUAUGCAGAGAACCCUGAACUGUGUAACCAAGUGUGUUGUGAACUAGAAGAAUGCCAGAGUCCUUUUCUUGAUUUAGAACCAUCAGAUUAUGGAUGUGAUCAAUUUUUUGUCUAUCAUCAAGAAAAUACUUUAGUAACAUAUGAUCAAAUUGCUGCUAUUAUCAAAGAAGCAAUCAACAGAAGACGUAUUGGCAUGCACCCAAACAGCAGGACUUCCUCCACUGAAGCUGUCGCUGGUAGCGCUCCUCUCUCACAAGGCUCAUCUGGCAUCAUGGAGCUGUAUGGAUCAGACUUAGAUCCUCAGUCAAACCCUGGAAAUUUUGCAGAAAACCCUCAGGAACAAGUACAAGCCCAAGUUGAUGUCAACAUUGACCUUGUUAGUCCAGACAGUGGAUUGGCUACAAUACGGAGUAGCCGAUCCUCAAAGGAAAGCUCAGUUUUUCUCAGUGAUGACAGCCCAGUAGCAGAAAUGGCUGGUCCUCAUCAAAAUUACCUUCCUUGUGUUGAUUCCUACAGCCCCAUCCCAGAAUGCAUUAUAGCUGAGGAAGAAACACCAUCAUCCAGGAAUAACAGUGAUAAUAUGGACCUUUUUAAUCUUGAUCUAGCUCCAAAUCUUCGCUCUGAAUCUUCUUCCCACUCUAAUGACUAUUCUAUGGCUGAUGACUUUUUUUUUCAGAGUGAUUCGUCUGAAGGACAGCACCCUAUUCCCUUAGAAGGACCAGAUGAACAACAUCUGUACAAAGAUAACAUGCCUAAAUGCUCAAAUGUUUCAUUAAGUGAAAAUGUGGAAAAUAUUAGCUUAGUAGAGUUUGAUGAUGACUUUAUGCAAAGUCCAGAAAACCAUGAGGACUUCUGUGAAAAAAACCCUGGUAUAAAUGACAUUGUUGAGUAUAAUUCUCAACUAUCUUCUGAAAUUCUAGGAAAUAUAGAAGUUAAAAUUCCCCCAACACCAAUGAAUAGCCUUGUCGAAAGUUCUCCAUUAGAUAAUGGACCUCCAAGCUUUUUCCCAGAAGACGUGAUAGAGAAAAUAAAUGAAAUUGGAGCUAGUGACUUAUCUCAGCCUCAUGCUAAGUAUGCGUAUUGGUGGAAUGGAGAGGAAUCAAAUUUAACACAUGAUGCUUUAAUGAAUGAUGAUCCUUGGAGUUCCAGUGAGCAAGAACCUGUAUUUCAAAGUCCAGAUUCUUGCAAAAACCAAACGUCAAAAGUAUUUGCAAAAGAGAAUUCUGGAACUGUACAUUCAACAUCCUCACUGCAGCUGACACUUUUUGAUUGCCAUACAGCAGAUAUGAAAGAAACUUCAGCUAUAAAAGCAAACCAUGAAAAUAAGAAAUUUUCAGAUUUGUGGAAAUCAGAUUAUCCUCUCCCUGUCACGUCAGAUCCAUGGAAUGGUUCUGUAGAGAAAUGUGGACACAGUGCGAAAGACAAUCUUAUUCCUUGGCAUGAAGAUUUUGCUAAGACAAAUGAAGAUGUUGAAAUAGAUUCAGAUAAUUCUUCAGAAAAUACUCCUGACAAUGAGAUGGAAAAUGCAGCAAGUGAAGAACCACAUGAAGAGAAAAAACACAAGUUACAAUUGAGUAACAAUCAGGAUAUGGGGUCAAAGCCUAUGCUGAAAGCCUAUAGUACUGGAGAAUUUCUUCCACAAAAUAUGUAUGCAUGGGAUUUUUAUGAAGAAUGUAAAGAUUCAAAAACUGCAGAAGACCAAGUCAGCUGGGAGGACCCAUUACUAUCUUACAGAUGCAUGGAUUUCACUGAUACUAACACCAUCAAAGACUACAUUGUUUCACCACCAGACACAAAUUACUCGACAUCAGACUCAAAUGUAUCUCCUACAUUUUAUGAUGAGAUGAAAGAACCAGAAAAACUUGUGGAGCAGCAAAAAAUGUUUGAUAGAACUGGAGGAAUCUCUCAAGCAUGGAGUAAUGAAAAUCAAUUAGUCAAUGAUAUCCACUGGCAAAAAUUAGAGAACACUAAUUAUCCCUUAAAUGAUUCAAUAAAAUUAUCCAAUAACAUUAGCCAAUUGGAAAAUUUAGAUUCCAAGUUUUUAAAACAGGACACUCGGAAUGAUAUGAGCAGUUUAGAUAUAGGUGAUGAAAUAUACCUUGCGCAAUCCUCUAAUGUAAAAUCAGAAAAACAUGAGAAUAAUAACAAAAUAAACAACAGAACACCUAGUUUUACCAAUGAUAGAAUCCCUAACCAGUGGGAUGAUAAAUAUGCAUUACUAAGUAGCAAAGAGCUAGCCAAGGGGAUUAUGAAAUUAGAUGAAUGCUUUAAAAGAAGUGAUAUUCCUUCAGGUAAAGUACCUCUAGUAAAAAAUGAUCUCAAUUUAGUAGAUAUAUCACAAGAAGGAAAUCCAAAGGAAAAGUACACAAUAAGAUGUUUGCCAUUAAGUGAAGCAAGCGAUGACUUUCUUUGGAAACAUCAAGAAGACUCAGAAACUGAUACAUCUGAAAAAAAUAAUACAAAUUUCCAAAGUAGCAAAUUAUCAACUACAAGACCACCAAGUGUCUCUGGUUUUGAAUUCCUGUCCCCAGGUUUAUCAAAUAUAGUGCAAAAUGUUUUGAGUGACAAUCCCAUUGAAGACACUGAGAAGGAAGUUGACCAUAUUAUAUGUGCAGCUAAGAUAAAUCAAGACUCUCCAGAAACAGAAUUUGAGGAAGAUACAGAAUCCUCUUCAUUAAAUACACCUGGUAAUUUAGAAAGUCCAGAUGCAAGUUUUUUCACAGAGUGGAAUCUGUUAAGUAGAUCACCAAUGUCAAUUAUAACAGAGUGCCAAGAUGACUUAAGUGGUCUUUGCAAAAAUGCCACAAAGUUGCCAGCUGAGAACAAUCACAGUCAAGAUGAAUCCAAGGCCAGUUAUGUUGAAAACAAUUGUUCCUCUAGAAACCCAGUUUCAUCAAACCCAGAGGCUAAUAAUACAUAUAUAACACAUCACACAAAAAACUCUUUUGAAAAUGAUUAUCAGUCAUUUAAUAGGAAAAUUGAAAUAGAAGAGAAUGUGUUAUUUAGAGAUCCACCAUUUGAGAAUCAUUUAGUUUCACCAGGUGUGAGUGGUGCUAUAUUACAAGAAAAUAGCAAAGAAAAUUUGUGGAGUAAUAAAAUACGUGACAAACUUGAUUCAUUGGGAACAGAAUCUGAUUUAAGCUCUAGCUUUUCAAACAUAUACUUAAAAGAUGAUUUGAAACUCAAUACUUAUAGUGAUAAAAACAUUUUGAGUAGCUCUUCUCAUUCCAGUGUAUCAAGUCCUGAGUUCGAUGAUAGCUGGGGAAUGUUACAGGAAAAUAUACACAAUGACAGUCUAUGUACAAAUAAAUUGGAAUAUGUGUUAGAAUCUAAAAAUAAUGAACAAAAUGAUACUAUGUCUCAACAUGAUACAAAAUCGGAAGAAAGUCUUCAGCAGGAUAGAGUAUCAGUCAGUGCCCUACAGAAGGUUCCAAUGAAUUUAGAUAUUUGGAAUACACAGGUAUAUGAAGACUCAGAGUCUUCAUCAACAAGUCCUGAGGAUAAUGAUGGCUUUGGUCAUUCAUCUCCAUUUGAUAAAACAAGAAAGAACUGUUGUGAAGAAGAUCUGAUGGCAAGGGGAAAUUCAGAAUCUCUACUGAUUGAAAGACACCAGUUAAAUGCACUUAUGCCAAAGGUAGAUGAACAUUUAGGGCAUGAACCGAAACAGAUGGAUUUGCUUCAUGAUUUGUAUACAAAUAAUCAACCAGUAAUAGAAUCAAAUGAGAAUCCAGAUAAUGCCAGUUUAGAUUCAUAUCUCAAAAGCCCUCAAAAUUUCACAUUACACCAAGGUUAUCUUCAGUGCACUAGUGUUUACUCAGAGGACAAAUCAGCCAAAUUACCAGAAAGUGACCUUAAAACUGAGAGAAGUUCAAACAUCAUUGAAGUGAACAAAACAAGAUUGUUACAGUUUGGUGGCGAAGCAAAAGAUGAGGCUUCAACAUUUAAAACCUCAGAACAUAUGGCUGAAAUGCUGCAUUGGUGGAACAAAGAGGAGGAACUAAAAAAUGUAUUAGAAGGACAAUCUCACAACAUUAUACUUCAGCCUAGUGAAUUAUUAAAAAACAAUAGGUCAACAGAAAAUAAUGAAAAUGUUAAUAAUGACAGUUCUUCUUCACUUGGUCAUUGUUUAGAAGGAGAUAUUUUCACUUCUGAAAAUUACUUUGAUAAACUUAUUAGUCCUGUUGAUUCAAAUGCAGAAAAACAGCCCAUACGGUCUCAUCCUUUAAUAAUCCCAAACCACAAUAUGUAUUUUAAUGAUGUUUUUACAAGUGAAUCCCAGCCUAUGAGCAAAGUUAUAUCCCCUGUACAAGAACAAGUAGAUAUGGUAAACAACUGUGACAAUAUUUUCCAGACAUCCAGAAGCCCUGAUUUGUCUAAAGAGUAUGAAACAAGUCAAGCAUACGUCCAGGAAUUACAUGCAAACGGAAAAGUUGAGACUGAAAAAAAGGUUGAUGGUGCAGAGUUGAGCUACAGUUUAAAUGAACAUGUAGAAGGCCCAAUUUCAGUUUGGAACCUUGACAGCACAGAUAAUGCAAGAUCAGUUCUUUUGGACCCAAUGAAACAUAGUGUGGAGAAUUCGCUCAAGAAUUCAGUUAAUUGUACUACAGAUGAGAUAAUUGAGGGUAGUUUUCAGAGUGGUUGCUUUGAAAGGGCCUCUGAUACAAUAAAAAACAGUUUUCCAUUAACGGACAAUAAUGUUGUGUCUCAACAAACAAAGUCUAGUAAAGCCUAUUCAAUGAACUUAACAGAUACAUUUCAGGCAAUCUCCAUGACAAAUGGGAGUGAAAAGCAAGCUGCCCCUAACCCUCCUUGCCAUUCACUUCAGAUAGAAGAAAAACGUUCUUCGAUUAUACCUCAAAGACUUGCCAGUGAAAAGAAAUCAGAGGACAUCUCUGAACAAGAUCACAGCUGGAGCAUAAUAUUGAGUCAAGCGGAAGUAACUGAUACCUCACCUGAAGAUAUUUUUAGCAGAUCAGUGGAUUCAGAUAAAGGGCUAGGAGAAAGUCUAUGUCAAGCAUAUGAAAAUCCAGAUGAGUAUCACACAGAGAUCAAGGGUCAUGACUACAUGGACCUUGAAGAAAGUUUUGAAAUGUGUAAAAUGGAAGAAAGUGCCAUAAAGUCUCCUAUAGCACCUUCUGAUCAUAUAAGCUCACAUGAAGAAGACAUGCUGUAUGAACAUCAUCCAGAAGGUGGCAUGGUUGCUAGGCAGAUGGACACUAGAGUUGCCCAAAGGGAAACACUACUAGAUGAUGUUGGCAUGGACAUUCCAUUUGAUGCAGCAGAAAUCAGACCCGAACCUCCAAAUUCGUUGGAUCUGAAUGGCUUCCAUACGAGAAAAAUAAAACUCACGGCACCUAACAUCAACCUCUCUCUUGACCAUAGUGAAGGCUCCAUUUUGUCAGAUGAUAAUCUUGACACACCAGAUGAGCUUGACAUUAACGUUGAUGAUCUUGACACUCCUGAUGAAGCUGAUUCCUUUGAUUAUGCAGGACAUGAUGAUCGACCAGCACUUGGGCAAGUUGUAACAGAGGAUUUUGAGUCCAUCAAAGAGUACACAGCAGAAGAAGAGAGAGCUGAUAACAGAUUAUGGAGAACGGUUGUAAUUGGAGAGCAAGAACAGAGAAUUGACAUGAAAGUCAUUGAGCCAUACCAAAAAGUUAUAUCACAUGGAGGUUACUAUGGAGAAGGUAUAAAUGCCAUCAUUGUAUUUUCUGCAUGUUUCCUGCCUGACAGCAGCCGCUCCGACUACAACUAUGUCAUGGAAAACCUUUUUCUGUAUGUGAUAAGUACUCUGGAGCUUAUGGUUGCUGAAGACUACAUGAUUGUCUAUUUAAAUGGAGCAACACCACGAAGAAAGAUGCCUGGCUUAGGAUGGAUGAAGAAGUGUUACCAGAUGAUUGACAGGCGGUUAAGGAAGAACUUAAAGUCAUUCAUAAUUGUCCAUCCCUCCUGGUUCAUUCGAACAAUAUUGGCGGUGACAAGACCUUUUAUAAGCUCCAAGUUCAGCAGCAAGAUAAAGUAUGUGUCUACAUUAGCAGAGCUCAAAGAAUUGAUCCCAAUGGACCAUGUACAUAUCCCAGAAAGUAUUAUCAAGUAUGAAGAAACAAGAUGUUUUCCAAGAAGUGUGAGACUGGACGAAGAAUUGAAAGAAACCGAGCCAGACAAAGCUGGCUGUCUUCCCACUGAGCCGGAAAUAGCAUCCCUAGAACACGGGACCUCAGCAGAGUCACACCACUCUGGUGCAAGAGUAUGCAGCAUAUCACCAGCCACAUCCAGACCGCAGGAAUCACCUAUAGAUGGUCAACCCCCAGGUCAUUGCCGGUUACAACAGAUGGAAAAACAUACAAGAUCUCUGAAGGCCCAAUGAAGGCCCUGCCUUGCUAACAACACUGGGACUCUCUAACAACACCAAUGCCAGAUCGGGCUUACCAAGUUCUCAGCCCAGGGAUUCCAAAAGCUCCUACGUUUCCACACCAGGAGCUGAGAGAAGCUCCAUGACUUAAAGCAUGGAAUCCCAAGACUAGCACACAAACACUCGUUUACAUUUUAUAUUUUACCGUUAAUGCUUAUGUUUGGU